AUUUAUCGCGCAAUCAUCUGCUAACUAUGGAAAAUAGUGAUUCUGAAUCGUCUGUGGACCAUAACAGUUUUGCUUCAGUGAUAAAUCUUUAUGAGCAACGUCCUGUGAGUACUAUCUCUGCAGCGAUCACACACGGCGGUGUUCAAAAUAAUUCAUGUUCUUCUAACCGUGGUUUUGAAGAGAUUUGUGUACACAGAAAGGAUAACUCUCAAGAUGCAAACAAUUUAUAUUUUACGUCACACGACCGCAACUCGGCUGCUUCGGAUGUUAUUUGUGCACAAGAAAGUGAAUGGGUUCCUGCUAAUCCGAA